UUUACUAAUAUGUCCUAAUGUGUGGACUAUUUACAAUACAUUUUCUAAUAGCCUGUUUUCUGUCCCCAUAAAGGAAAUGUUUCACUUUUGCAACUGUACCAUGGUGAGAUGCGUAGGGAAUAAUCAGUAUGAAUUAAUUCCUUAUGAGUGUCCUACCAUUAAACCAAUAAAAUGUGCCAAUGGAAGGGAGCCAGUUCUUGUAUAUGAUGAGUAUCACUGCUGUCAGCAAUAUGCAUGUGACUGUGUAUGUGAAGGCUGGGGUGAUCCACAUUACAUCACUGUGGAUGGGCUCUACUACAGCUAUCAAGGAAACUGUACUUAUGUUUUAGUAGAGGAAAUUCAUACGAAAUAUCAUCUCAAAAUUUAUAUUGACAAUGUAUUUUGUGAUAUCGGAGAAGAUGUUUCUUGUCCACGAUCAAUAAUUAUAUCAUUCGGAUCACAAACUGUGAAACUUAUAAACCAUAACCCCAAAGGAGGUCGAGCUAAUUUAGAGGCGCAAAGAAAUGGAGCAAGACUUAAACUACCCUAUACACAGUUUGGACUUAAAAUUAUGAGUUCUGGCAUUGCCCUGGUUUUAGAAAUACCUUUCCUAGAAAUUGUUGUCACAUUUGGGAUGACUGGAUUCAGUAUUGAGCUACCAUACAAGUACUUUGGUAACAAUACCCAAGGUCAUUGUGGCACAUGCAACAAUGACCAGAGUGAUGACUGCAUGUUGCCAAAUGGAAAGCAGGCAAGUAGAUGUGGAGUUAUGGCUGACUACUGGGUAGCAAAAGACAUUCAUCAACCAAACUGUCCACCCCCACCUCCACUGCCCACCGUCGAACCUGAACCACCACAAGAGGAACCUUGCAAGCAUCAAACAAAUACUUCAAUAUGUGAUCUGAUAAAGAGCAGUCUCUUUUCAGAAUGUCAUAUUUUAGUCAGUCCAGAUAAUUUCUACAAAGGCUGUCUUUUCGAUAGCUGCUAUGUUUCCAACCCAGCAGUGCAAUGCACAAGUUUACAAACUUAUGCUGCCGCCUGUUCUCAGGCUGGUGUUUGCAUCAACUGGAGGAAACACACUAUACUGUGCGACAGUAACUGCCCUUCAGACAAAGUUUAUAAGCCCUGUGGUCUUGCUCAACAGCCAACCUGUGAAGACAAUCCUGAAGAAGAGAUCAGUGAUCUACUUGCAAAUUACACAGUUGAAGGCUGUUUCUGCCCUGAAGGAAUGAAACUGUUUAACAGAGAGUCUGGAAUAUGCGUUGAAAAGUGUGGAUGUCUUGAUCCUCAAGGCAUUCCUCGUGAGUUUAAUGAGACGUUUGAGUACCAGUGCCAGGUGUGCAUCUGUUAUGAGUCUACAAAAACUGUGUCUUGCAAUCCAAAAACAUGCCCAUCACCAACUCCUCCUACAUGUAUGCAAGGUUUUGUUCUUGUAAAUCAAACAAAUCCAGAAGAUCCCUGUUGCUCCUCUCUCACAUGCCAAUGCCAAAUCAACACGUGUAGAGAUAUUAAUUCAGAAUGCAAUGCAGGAUUUAAAGCUGUUGUUAGAAUUCUUGAAGGAAAAUGUUGCCCAGAAUUAACAUGUGUACCUAAAGAUGUUUGUGUCUACAAUGGGAUUGAAUACAUGCCCAAUUCAUCAAUUCCAGCCUCUAAAUGUCAGGAUUGUAGUUGCAGCAAUGAAGUUGACUCAGCAACUGGUCUGUUGAAAAUAAAUUGCAGCCCUAAGAAAUGUGAUCAAAACUGUUCUAAGGGCUUUGAAUAUGAGAAGACCGACCCAGAUGACUGCUGUGGAAAAUGUGUGCAGACGUCCUGUGUGGUCAGUGUGAACGGUAUUGACCACGUACUGGAGGAAGGAGAAACCUGGUCACCACGCCAGGAUAACUGUGAACAAUACAGCUGUUCUAAGUACGGGGACACUUUCACAACAAGCAGCUCUCAUGUUGUCUGUCCGCCAUUCGACAAGAGCAACUGCCAUCCAGACACAAUCCAGACUGCGGCGAAUGGUUGCUGUAAAAUCUGUGUGGAAAAAGAACGGGCUUGCCGUGUAACUUCAAUGAAAACUCGAGUUUCACAAAACGGCUGUAAGUCUAAGGAAGAGGUGCCCAUGCCAUACUGUGAGGGAUCUUGCAACACCAUAACCAAGUACUCUGCAGCAGCAGCUGCAAUGCAACAUCAAUGCUCCUGCUGCAAAGAGGCACGUGUCAGCAAUCGCACCAUUGACCUGCUGUGCGAUGAUGGAACCAUUGCUCCUUUUACCUACAUGUAUGUGGAAGAGUGCAGCUGUAGCCAAACAAACUGCACUGAUGCUGAACAUGCUCGCAAGAAGCGAAGCUUCACCUAGCAGUGACAGCAUUCUAUUGCAUGCAUGAAAAUUUUCUCUUCUUUUCCUUGUUCUUCUAAUCAACAUAUUGUUUAAAGUGAUUUCAAAUCUACUUCCUACUUUCAACAAAUAAACUGAUGCAACCAAACAAAUGUGUUAGUGUCUCACUUUUACUCAAAUUUAGACUUUCAUCUGUUAGAGAUGUUCAGAAGGAGUUAUGUGCCUCCUUCUAAUUUAAGAACAAUGUUUUCAAUUAAUAUCCAUAACAAAUAAAAUGUUCUUGGUUGGGAAAUUGUUCAUUUAAACAGAGUAGCAGAUUUAAAGAAAGUAAGAGCAGUCAUCCUAUAUUUUCCUGAAAAGAAUUCCCUAAACCGGAAAAAAACUAAAAUGGCUCCAACAGAGUGUCAAAAUAAAAGUUAAUAAAAAAAUUAAGGAUAAAGUAUGAUAGUCCCUUAUUUUUACAAGCUCUCCCCACUAUCAUAGUGUUCAAAUUAAAAUUUUAAGCAAAUGUCUGAACUUUCACAGUAAUUAACUGAAAUAAACUUAUAUAAACACAGAAAUACACAGCCAGGGAUUGUAUUUAAAUUGCAGUAAAACACAAGAAAAAAACAUUAAAACUAGAAGUUUUUUAAAUCUAAAUGUGGUCUCCAUUAAAAUGAAAAAUAUUAAAUUUGUCACCAGAACACAAAUUAAACAAAGAUGACACAAAACAGCUUUCCAGA